AUGGCUUGGUUGGAAGACAUGGAUUUUCUGGAAGACGUACCUUUGUUGGAAGACGUACCUUUGUUGGAAGACGUACCUUUGUUGGAAGACACACCUUUGUUGGAAGACACAAGUAGGCUGGAAGACAUUAAUUUGAUGGAAGACAUGGCUUUGUUGGAAGACGUGGAUUUGCUGGAAGACACGGAUUUCCUGGAAGACCUGGAUUUUUCGGAAGCUAUGGAUUUGAGGGAAGACAAGGAUUUUCUGGAAGACGUGGAUAGUCUGGAAGACAUGGCUUUGUUGGAAGACGUGGACUUGCUGGAAGACACGGAUUUCCUGGAAGACCCGGAUUUUUUGGAAGCUAUAGAUUUGAGGGAAGACAAGGAUUUUCUGGAAGACAUGGAUAGUCUGGAAGACCUGGAGGCCAUUGGAAGAUGUGGAUUUUCUGGAAGACAUGGCUUUUUUGGAAGACGUAGAUUUUCAGGAAGACCCAAAUUAUCCGGAAGACCUGGAUUGUUGGGAAGACGUGGAUUUUCUGGAAGACUGGGAGGUUACUGGAAGACGUGGAUUUUCUGGAAGACAUGGAUUUUCUGGAAGACAUGGAUCUUCAGGAAGACAUAUAUUGGCUGGAAGACCUGGAUUUUUUCCGGAAGAUGUGGAUUGACUGGAAGACCUGGAUUUGGUGGAAGACAUAGAUUUUUCUGGAAGACACUGACUGGAAGACCUGGAUUUCUUUCUGGAAGACACUGAUUGACUGGAAGA